AUGAAGAAACAAGUGUUCUGUGUCAUCCCUGAAGGCGUGGAAUUGGAAGGCUCCUUUGAUUGUCUGGAGUUGGUGAAGGCAAUCUACGGACUCAAGCAAGCGUCGCGCGUAUGCAAUGAAAAUUUUACCGAGUUCGUGUGUGCCAUUGGAUUCCAAGCGUCAAGCUUCGACCCAUAUCUCUACAUAAGAAAUGUGGAAGGGCAAUGCGUGCUGCUGCUGGUGUAUGUGGGUGACGUAUUGAUCACCGGUAGCUCAUGCGAUCUAAUUGCACGCACCAAGACCGACCUGAAGACACGAUUCGAGAUGACUGACAGCGGCAAGUGUGCGUUUGUGCUUGGAAUCGAGCUUUUGGACGGUGAAGAUGGCAGUGUGACACUAUGUCAGCGUCGGUAUGUCGAUGAUAUCCUCAAGCGCUUUGGCAUGGACGAUUGCAAGGCCGUCGCAAGUCCAGUCGACAUGAGCUCUCGUCUUGUUUCAAGUGAUGCAGCCACCAAGGUCGAUGCUCCUUUUCUCGAAGCUGUUGAUCCCCAAGAAGAACACUGGGUUGCAGUUAAGCGUAUCCUACGAUACCUUCAAGGCACCAAGACGCAUGGAAUUUGCUACAAGACAAACAGCAAGAUCGACUUCCGUGGAUAUUCGGGUGCAGACUGGGCUGGUGAUCUUACCAGCCGCAAGUCAACUUCGGGGUACACGUUCAUGCUACCUGUUGCGCCAGUGAGUUGGGGCAGCAAGAAACGGCCAAGUGUUUCGUUGUCCACGAGUGAAGCUGAAUGCAUCGCACUCAGCUUGGCGAUUCAAGAGGGCAAGUGGACUCAUCGUCUGCUUUGUGAGAUCAUGAUGGCUGCCAAUGAAGAAGGACCGGAGCUCAUGAUCCAUGAAGACAAUCAGUCGUGUAUCAAGAUGACAAAGAACCCGAUCAACCACGGCCGUGCCAAUCACAUUGACAUAAAGUAUCAUCACAUCCGUGAUGAGGUCAAGCGCGGUGAAGUGAAGCUCAAGUACUGUGAAACUGCGGUGAUGUUAGCGGACAUCAUGACCAAGGAACUUCACGGGCCACGCCACAAGGAGACGACGGCGGCUCUCGGGAUUUGUGCGUGUUCGCAUUGA